AUGGCUGAUCCAAGAGAAAAUAUGGAUACUUCAUCUGAUAAUCAGAAGGGAAAGGGGGUAGGGAUUCAGAUCAUUCCACUGCCAGAAAAAGAAAAAGAGGCGCCAAAACAACAGAAUGAAGAGACAUUUAAUAUUGAUACCAACCUAAUUCCAAAAUCUUCUCUAAAAGAGACAGAAAUGGUUGAACUAGCUGGGCUAGGAUUGAAUAUUUUCAAUCAAGAUGAAUUUGAACAAGGUGUAAUGAAUCAAGUGGGUCAGGCACUGGCUGAGGAAGAAGAAAAGAGGAUAAGAAAAAUUAUAGAAAAGGAAUUAAAAGGAGUCGAAGAUGAUAUUAAGCAGACAAAAGCAGACUUGGUCCAUAUUGUGAAAGUUGUAGCACAGUGGAGCAGAAGUGAUCAAUCAAGUCCUGAAGUGAAAAGAAGAUUGGAGAUUGUUAAUAAAUCUAAAGAUGUUAAAUUGAAACAAAUGAAGAAGCUUGUAUCUCGUAAGAAAGUUUUAGAAGCCAAACUAUUAGGGGUUGAUAUAGAUAGCAGUGAUGAAGAUGAUGAUGGUAUAGGUCAGAUAUUGAAGAAAGAAGGAGGUGGAUUUAGUGAAACAGAACGUGAAAGAAUGAUAAGAGUUGGAGAAAUGACUCCAUUUGGUACAAUCAUAUCUGACUCUUCAUCAAAACAAGCAAAACCAAGUACAUCUAAAGAGGAAGAACCAGCGGAAGAUAAGAAGGAAAAAUUGAGGAAGUAUCUCUUAUCAAAAUUAGAACAGAAGAAAGGACUUAAAAGACAGUCUGAGACUGCUAGUGAAGAAACAUCACCAGAAAAGAAGUCUAAAGCAGACGCUUUAGAUAACUCUGAAAGUGCUGAAGUUAUUCAAGCACGUCUCGAGAGACGAAGGAAGAUUUUACCUAUUGGAGUGCAACCAGAAGAUGUUGAAGAAGAGGAAGAAGGUGAAAUUGUAGAUGAUGAUGGUGAUGAGGAUUAUGUACCACAUGAUAAUGAUCUUGUUGAUUCUGAUGAAGAAAUCGCUACUGGAAGUAAAGGAUCUGAUAAAACCAUAUCAAAGUCGAAAAAUAUUUCUGCCAAAGUAUCUUCUACUAAAAUGAAAGUAAAGAAACCAGUUGUAUUUCGUAAAACCAAAGAUGAUGGGGAUGAAAAGUACUUUCACAAAAGAAUAAGAGAGUUCCAAAAAGAAGAAUUGGCCAAACAGAAAGAAGAAGGGGAAAGUGAAGAAGAUGAAGAAUUUGAUGGUGGAUUAGUUGUUCCUGGUAGAAUUUGGUCCAAAUUAUUUAA